GGCCACAGCGACGGCGGAAGUAGCCACCGCACUGCAAAAUUUGAUUCGUGUGAGGCGACCGUUACCGCUACCGCAGCCGCGGAACGCUUUUGUGUUUCAAGAGUCGUGCUUGCCUUACCGGUAAUUUAGUUUCAAGAUAUAUUUUUCGACAAUGGUACCGAAGAAGAGCAUUCGCAAAGUGGCGUCUCAGCCGAAGGCCCCAGCCCUGCAUUCGAUUUUGCUGAGCAAAGAUCGUCAGGAUGUCGACAUUUACCAGUACUUCACCACGAAGCGGAGCGCCAACAGCCAGGCCGCGCCCCCGCCCGUACUGGAUGGGGCUGUGGUGGCCGAGCUCCAGAGGGUGCUCAGAGACAAGACGGAGAGGAAAAUUGCUGUCCAGAUUGUGACAGUGUGUCUCGAUGAGUUUUCAACGAACAGUGAGGUUGAAGAACCUUGGUCUUCUUAUUAUGAAGAAAUUUCGCAACUUCUCUGUGGAUGUCUUACCUUUAUUGUUGAUAUCAGAAAGCAAGACUCACUGCAUAAGACCUCCAACUUUCCAGAAGCUGUGAAGGUUCUUACCAAGUUAUGCCAUGUGUUGAUAUGUUUGUCGAGCAAGCCGAGUGUAAACUUGAGCACAUCAAUAUUCAACAAAUGUGCAGAAAGCCUUCUAACUCUGUUACUUGCCCGAGAUGUUAAAACAAGUCUUCAAGAAUUAAUUCUGACAGCUCUGAGUUCUCUCUGCCUAAAAGCAGAUCAACAGAAGAUUUCUGCAACUUUCAAGAGAGUGUCACUUCGCCUGAAAUAUGUAGCUAAGAUGAUUCUAGACCUAUCUGUGGAUGGCCAAAUGAGCAUUUACACCAUCCUGUUUAAAUCAGUGUUGAGCAAAGAUGAGGCUGAUGAAAAGGCUCAUAUUUGGUUCAAUAAAUGGCCCACCCUAAGAGAUUCUUUCAUUGAAUGCUGCACAAAAUCUUAUUCACAGGGUUGUGGCAUAUUUUUGGAUAAAUUAUACGAACUAAGAACCAUCUCAAAUAUGAAUCACAAGAGCUGUUCCACCAGGACAGCACUGUCAUAUGUGAAGAGCUUAAAUUCAUAUUGUUCCAGUCAAAACAUAGCUAAAAAUUUUGGUGAAACUACAUCUAAUGCAGCUGGGGUCAGAAAGGGGUCAGAAAAUACUGGCACAGUUCAAGGAAUUAGUUUCAACGUUCAACAAGAAACUAGAACACUAUUCUUAAAGCCUAGUGUUGACUGGAGAAAUAGUGAGAGCUUAAAUUCAUCCAAACAGAAUCUUGUGACUGCCAGACUUCAGACUUCAUCUCACCCUAAUCAUUUGAAGAGCUCGCUAAAUGGGUCUGGCUCGACACAGUCAAGUGUAUUGAAACCUCCUCGAGACCGUGAUGAGUUUCAGACAAGAAACACUCAUACGAUCCGUAUGACUACUCAAAAUGAGAGACCAGAAACAAACCAGCAAUUUUAUGGUAGCAAUUUAACACAGUCUAAAUCUCAUAGUGCAAAGGCAGUCCGUGAAAAGUUUGAUAUAUCACCAAAGAAUAGGCAGUUUUGUCCCAGACGAGACAGUGACAUCACGGUAUCUACUCAUGACCCUCCAGAAAUUUCAAAGAAAAAUACAUUCAGAGCUCAAAGCCCCUUGUCAGAAUUAGGGGAAGAAGAUCACUGCUCCAAAGUAGAAAGGUGGUUUUCUGGGUUUUCUUCUGUCAAGGAUUCAACCAAGUUAAGUGGCCAAAAGCGUUCAGCUUCAACCCACUCGCCUUCUCAAUCAAAGAAGAGGAAGAUAGAGGUUCCACCAACUCCGAUUAGUAAGGGGCAGUCUGGCAAACCUGCUCAACUAGGAGUAGCUGGCACUGGGGCUAUUCAAUAUGAGAUGCCAAGUAUCAAACUGAAUAAAAUUACCUUUGCCAGACCAGAAGAUAAAUCAUCCUCAAAUGUUCGGACCAACAACACACCAGGUCAAAAAACAGGCAAGAGAACAUUAUACUCUAAAUCCAGCAAAGAAUUUCUGGAAUGCAGUUUUUCCCUUGAAGAAAAACAAAUCCAGCCUCAUCAAGAACAGAUUUCUAAGGCCAAUGACCCAAAACCAAACCACUGGAAGCAGAAGGUAGAAGAAUUAGAUAGUUGCUCCAAAGUCAGAAAAAGCGAGAUAUAUAACUUUGGAAAAACUGAAUCAGAGAAUUCUUUUAAAAUCCCUUCUAAAGCUGCACCCAAGAAAAAGACUGCAAAACCACCUAAAGUUCCGCCCAGGUUUGCCUGUUUUAUGAACAACAAGUCUUAUCCCAAAAUCAAAGAAAAUGUACCACCUAGAGAUAAAUUAAAUCAUGGAGCCAAGAAGGACCUUGAUUGUGUUAGUGCGAAACCUUCAGCUGAGACAAACAAUUCGAAGACUUCUUUGAAGGAAAUCUCAAGUCAUGAGACAAAUAAGAGGCAAAUCAAUAAUGCAAAUACUAUCUUUAGCAAGAAACCUGCUGUGGCUGAGACUACCAAUGUGAAGACUCCAUUAAAGGAAGUCACAAACCAUGUUGCAAACAACAGGCAAAAUAAUAAUUUCACUACCAUCUUCAGCAAGAAACCUGAUGUGGCUGAGAACACCAAUAUGAAGACCCCUAAGGAAGUCACAAACAACAGGCAAAAUAAUAAUUUAACUACUUCCUUCAGCAAGAAACCUGUUGUGGCUGAGACAACCAAUAUGAAGAAUCCAUUAAUGGAAGUCUCAAACAACAGGGAAAAUAAUAAUUUAACUACCACCUUCAGCAAGAAACCUAUUGUGGCUGAGACUACUAAUGUGAAGACUCCAUUAAUGGAAGUCACAAACAACAGGCCAAGUAAUAAUUCAACUAACAUCCUCAGCAAUAAAUAUACAAAUGCCAAGAAUGGCAGCACAGCCUCUUCAAUCCCUCAGAUUGGUUCGGAAUCAGAAGAGCAGGAUGGUCACAAUACCACUCGUCAGUAUUAUAGUCCCAUUGAGGAUGACAGCUUUGAAAUGGAACAUUCGAAGAGAGCCCAUCAAGUAGAGAAAAUUGUACCUCAGGCCCACUCCCACUCUAGCAAGCAUGUGAAGACCGAAAACAAAAAACCAAGUUCACCUGUGCUGCAACCUAGUCCUAUUCAGCCACCAGUUGAGCAAGUGGAACAUUGUGAAGUCAUUGACUAUAGUCUGAAAUCUGUCGUGGCUGAGACUGCCAAAGAAGUCACCAACAGCAGGCAAAUUAAUUUAGUUACCAUCUCUGGCAACAAAAUUACAAACUUGAAGAAUAAUAGCAGUGCAGUCUCUUCACCCUCUGAGAUUGGGACAAAGGCAGUCCCAAAUAUAUAUUUUUCCAGCGCUCCUAAAGAUAGUAGGCAGACACCAAGUACUAGUAGAAAAAAUAAAUCCAGAGAAUGGGACAGUGGCAUUGAUACUAGUGAUGUUUACUCUACAUCUAGUAAAGAAGCUAAGUCUGGGGCUGUGAAAAAUGAAUCUGCCCGCUCACAAUUCUUGAGAAUGCGUCUCAAAGAUUACCUUGAGCGUGCUAAAGAUGCCAAUUCAAACAUGUCAGCAAAUCAAAAUGUUGUGUCAACAGAGUUGGUUGAAAUUAAAGGCCUUGUUGAAAAGCUCACUGCAUCGGUGGAUCGUUGCCGGACUGCUUCAAAUUUGAAUGAGAAGAGUUUGAGGGAUCAGAAAACCUCUUUGGCUGGAUGCUCAAGGUAUCUUGAUCCUGAAGAAGAUCAGUCGUUCCCAGCAAAGGUUUCUGCCAGGAAGGCUGUGGACUACAAAGAGUUUGUUCGACAAAUUCGUGCCAAAAGUGCUGAAAGGAUUAGAGAAAUGCUUCAAACGGUCGUUGAUGAAGAUUUGCCACUGAGCCCACCAUCAUCUGAUUCUGAUGAGUAAUUAGUGUACUUCAUUAAUUUGUUAAAAUUCAAAAAUUUUACUGUGUUACUGUUUAUUGUUAUUACAAAGUUACAACAUUAGUUCAUAUUUUAUUGACAUAUUUUUAUGAUUAUUAAGUUUUAUUUUCUGUUACCUGAUUCUUAACAGUCCUACAGUUGGACGUAAAAUGUUGUUACUUUCCUUACAAACCAUGAAUUCUGCUCAUCAAUUUAAUUUUGAAUACACUUCAUGAGAAAUCAC